ACAUAGUUCCCUUUGUGAAUUAAUCGAACUGUACUUUAAACAAUUUGGAUUAUAAAUAUUUUAAAUUCCCUUUAUUCAAUUUUAUACCUUAUUGAAAUCUUUAAAUUAUAUAUACAAUAUUGAAUUAUCUCAAUUCACCUAAGGGUUAUUUCUAAUACAUUUUUUUAAAUAUCUUACUAGUACUAUGACUAGUAGUCAAGAUACUGGGUAUUUGAAUUCCCAAUCGGAUGAUCAUCUAUAUGAUAUAUUAAAUCUAUCACCACCAACUAUUCAAAUUGAAAAUACAAAUAGUAAUAUUAGUAUUAAUACUGCCAAUAAUAAUAAUAAUCCAAAUCCAAAUCAAAUUCAAAAUCCAAAUCAUUAUGUUCCAUCAACUGUAGCAACGACUUCAAGUUCAGAACAAAAUCCUUCAACUCCAUCCUUAUUUGAUUUUCAUACUCCUACAACUACCAAUUCUAAUGAACAACAAACUUAUCAACAUUCUCAAGUUCAAUCAAAUUCUUUAUUUCAACCUCCUCCAAACCAAUACUUAGGAUCUAAUAGCACCUCAUUUUAUAAUCUGAACUUAGAUAACAGUUCAGAUAUAUCCUUAAAUCAGUUCUCUCCCACUAUUGAAGUCACUCAACCAGGAAGUCAAUCAGGCCAAAUAUUUCAACCUCAAGUCCAACCACAACCUUCAGAUUUAUUAUCUCCUAAUAAUAAUAAUAACAAUAACAAUAACAAUAUAUACCAUCAAAGAAGUAGUAGUUUCCAUUCUAUAAGUGAUCAACAAUUUCAGGGUCAACUCAACUCUGCCGACUUAUUGGCUAUACCAAAGUCUCCAAGUGCUUAUUCAUCUCAUUCAUUAUUAUCAGAUAAUUAUUCUCGACCCGCAAGUCCGUUCUUGGAUGCCAUGUCUCAUUUCAGUAAUUCCAACAGCAUUAUUCCACCUAUUCCUUCUAACGUAUCUGGUGCAGCAUAUUCUGAUGUAGGGAACAAUAUUAAUAAUAACUUAAAUGUUCAAUCUGACUAUCAAUCUCAAUCUCAAUCUCAAUCUCAAUCUCAAUCUCAAUCUCAAUCUCAAUCUCAAUCUCAAUCUCAAUAUGAUUCCCUUCAAGUUUUCAAUUCCGAAAUUGAAUUAGGAGGUUCAAUUUCAAAUACAAAUUUAACGAAUUUAGCUGGGUAUAGUCAGCAAGUCCAAGUUCAAGCUAAUGAUCCAAUAAUACCCCCACCUCACAUUGUUUCUGAAUUAAAUCCUCAUUCAUUCGUAAUUACUCCACCUGAAGCAUCGUCUAACAUACCGUCUCAACAACAUAGAGAUCAGAAUCAACAAGUAUGGAAUGCUUCAGUUACUAAUCCUAACUCAUCUCUGUCCAAUGUGAAUUUAUUGACUGAGUCGAAUCUUUCUAAUUAUAAUAAUCAACAGCCUGAAAUUGAAAAUAAGAGAAAUUAUUACUUAAGUGAAGAUAUCACUGGUGGUGGAGAUGAUGGAGAAGAUUUAGCAAGAACUCCUUCAUUAUUUAGUAAUACUUCAUCAGUAAAAUCAAUCACUCCUGAACCUAAGAAACAAAUCAAAAAGGAUAAUAAUACAUUAGCCCCUAAUAGUAAUAAUUUUGGAUAUGGACCUUCAAGUCCAGUUGGUUCAUAUCAUUCUGAUAAUCCUGAUUCUGUUUAUGAAGAUAUGAAAAGAGGUAGAAGAAAAAGUCGAGCUAAAAAGGUAUCUGGACAUACAUCACGCUCUCCAUUACCUCCAGAUGAUGAAUCGAAUGAUUUAUUAUAUGGUGAAGAUUAUGAUGAUGAAUUAAUCAAUAAUGAUGGUAAUUAUUUACAACCUCUGGAUAGUCUUAAUCCUGUAACAAAUACUUCUAGACAAAAGAUGUUGGAAUUAGCUAGUCCUAAUCAAUCAUCAAAAAGAACUCAGAAGCAUCCUAGUGUAUAUGCAUGUCAUUUAUGUGAAAAACGAUUUACUAGACCAUAUAAUUUGAAAUCUCAUUUACGAACUCAUACUGAUGAAAGACCAUUCGUAUGUGCAGUUUGUGGUAAAGCAUUUGCAAGACAACAUGAUAAAAAGCGUCAUGAAGAUUUACAUACUGGUGAAAAGAAAUUUCAAUGUUGGGGACUUUUAAAAAAUGGUCAACCUUAUGGGUGUGGUAGAAAAUUUGCUAGAGCUGAUGCAUUACGUCGUCAUUUCCAGACUGAAGCAGGUAAAGAAUGUAUAAGAGUAUUAAUUGAAGAAGAAGCUCGAGAAAAGGCAGCUCAAGGUAUAAAAACCACUCAUAGUGUUAAUGAACAAAAUGCCAUUAUGGAUUAUUUCCAAAUGUAUGGAGGUGGAGAAUCACUUAAUUUAAGUAUGAAUUCUACCGAUAUAUCUGCUUCACAUACUGAAGAAACUGAUCCAUCUUCAAUAGUACCACAAUUAGCUAUUUCUCCUCCUCAAGAUUAGUCAUAGUAGUAGUCGUAGUCAUCUUUAUUUGUUAGUGUACAUGUGUGUAUAUAAGAAUCAUUACAAUUUGUACUAGUAUUCUAUCCAUUAAUAUUUAGUGUAGUAGUAGUAGUAGUAGUAGUAGUAGUAGUAGUCUUUAGAGUUGUA